AUGUACCUCCUUGGUAGCCUGUUAUUAUACCACACACUAUUUGACAAGAGACUACUCCAACACCCGCGAUUCCUCCCAAAUCAAAUCAAACUCGAGAUCAACCAAGGCAUCUCUGCAAUUCCUUGGAUGACACUCCUCACCGUCCCAUUCUUCCUAGCAGAGAUCCGGGGAUGGUCGAAGCUGUAUGAUUUCACAAGUGACUCUCCGUUCUUCGGAUACACCCUACUACAAUAUCCAUUGUUUAUCUGCUUCACAGACAGUGGGAUUUACUGGAUCCACCGUGCCCUGCAUCAUCCUCAAAUUUACCGCUGGCUUCACAAGCCACACCAUAAAUGGGCUGUGCCGACACCGUUCGCCAGCUAUGCGUUCCAUCCCUUGGAUGGAUGGUCGCAGAGUCUGCCUUACCAUAUCUACCCGUUGCUUUUUCCGUUGCAGAAAGGCGCAUAUCUGGGGUUAUUUAUCUUUGUCACUCUGUGGACAGUUUUGAUUCAUGACGCUGAAUACUUGCCAGCAUCAGAGGUCAUUAACGGCGCCUCUUGUCACACGAUGCAUCACUUGCACUUCAACUACAACUACGGUCAGUUUACAACGGCAUGGGAUCGCCUCGCAGGAACAUACCGAAGACCCAAGGGUGAUAGCUUUAUGGAAAGCCAGCGAAUGGACGCGAAAGGGAAAGCUGGAGAUAAGUGUGAUUGA